AUGGCGGAACGUAUCCCCAAACGGCUCGAUUAUCUUCGACCGAUCGACAUUUCUCUUCCCCUCUUCAAGGAUUCCCUCAAUGAUGCCAACAGUGACAUACAAAGUAAUUCCAUCCUCGUCAAGACUUUAGAAUUCCUCAACGUCGAAAUCCGGCCCUUUGAUGAAAGCCCUUUGUUGAAGGGGAAUUUGGCACUGACGUCCGAGAAUCAUGCUGUCCCAGAGCACUGGUUCUGCCUGUAUAAAAAUCGAGAUCAGGGACUUGGGCCCACAUGGAGCUGUAUAUUGCAUACAUAUAUAUAG